AUGUUCGGAGGAUCGAGGAGGCACCGUCCUCCCGUCCAGCCUCUAACUAGGGAAACCGCAAACCCCAAUGCUGCGACCGCGGCAGCGUCGGCAUUUAUGCGCCGCGAAUCGUCAAACUCGCUGUCCUCCGCCGCUGCCGCCGCCGCGCUCAGGGCCCGGCCCACGACUCCCACCAAUGUCGCCCAAGUCCAAUCUAAACGCGCGAUGCGGAGGAGCGCAUCGGUAUCAUCGACAGGAAGCCGAGACAAGGGCGGAAGGGAUCUUCACAGGACGCCUAGUACGAGUUCUAUGACCGACCGAACUUUCCGCUCGCCGUCACCUGCCCGCAGCGCCGCGCCGAAUUCGCACGAUGUCCCUCCGGUGCCUAGUAUCCCCCACGGUGGACAGUACAAGACCGAUAAGACGAGCUCUUCCCACAAGAGAGCCACCAGCCUACAGAUCCAGCCGUUCCGGACGGCUAGCCAAAAGAUGAAUGAUGGCCAAGGCUCAUGGUUUGGUGCCGCGGCAGCCGGCGAUCCAUCCAACGUCCGCCGUUCAGAUGCUGCGAUGGAGCCAAGAAUUUCUUCCGACCUUCGACCCAGCAGUCCUAGCUCGUCUAUCAACUUUUCAUAUCCUCGCUCUAAUCUUGAUCCCGGCUCCGAGCACGCCCUGGUCUACGACCCGAACUCUAGGAGAAUGGUACCCCGAGCCGAUUUGCUCAUUCGCGAACAAAGCAUUAGGGAUGCUUCAGAGAAGCCCGUAAAAAAGAAGAGGUCGGGCGUAUCAAAAGGUGGCUCGCAUCUGAAUAGGGGAACCGUGAGUAGGAUCAAGGGCACAGCGGUCGAAGCCCCAGUGCCGUCGUCUACCGCUCUACAAACCACCCGAAUCCCAGCAAAUACCGCCGAUACUGUCCAACAAAAACAGAAACAGGAGCCUCAGCAAAUUCCGAAACCUGCCCUUGCAAUCCAGACGCAACCUGUGGUAGAGCAACCGCAACCGGAACAGCAACCACAACCGCAACCGCAACCCGUGGAAGAGCCACACUCGGAGUCGGAGCUGGGAUUAGAGUCGGAUGUUGAGGAACCCGCAAAUCACAAUCAGAAAACGACGCACCAAACGCCUGUCUUCCCACCCGAUAACCUACCGCGAAGCUCACCUGUCAAAAAGAGACCGUCUAUAGUCCACGAACUUCCUGAGUUGGAAGAUCAGUAUGACCAAGAAGAUCGAGCAGCGUUCCAGAGCCAGGAGCCAUUGGUUUCUGAGGAGCUACAGAGAAAAUCUUCCCCGCCGAUUCAGACGGAGCCAGAUGCCACAGUUGUCGAGACCGAGUCUCCAGAGCCUGAGACCAAGGAGGCUGAGCUUCAACAACCUAAGGCUCAGGCCAUCUUCGCGACACCAAACCAAACCCCUUCCAGAAUCCGUGUACAUUCCGAAAGCCCUGCCCGAACCCCUCAUUUCGCGCCGACAACCGACCAGCUUAUCGUGAGACAUGAGCCGCCCUCUCGAUCAUUGUCGCCGCGAAAAUCUGCUAUGAAGCAUCGAAGCCCGACGAGAGAUGCGUCACCUUCAGAGGAUGGCUCGGAGGCUUCCAGUGCAUUCAUGGGCGUAGGGACUCACACAGACCCGGGACUUGCUCGAAGAAAGAGUGUUCGUGUGAGCUUCGAUGACCAGAAUACCAUGGUUGUGGGAGAGUCUGCAGAACCAACGGAACCAGAUUUGACUCAGUUACCAAGCCCGCAGGUGAGAAAGGCUUGGCACAAUAUUAUCAGCCGGCCGAAGAGAGACUCAGUGUCGUUGGACGAAGAUGAGAAAAUGACACCCAGACCAGCUCUGCCCUCGUUUGGCAGCAUCCGAGAAAAGAAGACGAGGGACUCUGAAGAGCGACCGCUGGUCCGCCCCUCUGAACGCCCUUGGUCUCCCCCAGUGGUUGCAGUACCUUCCAAUCAGUCAGACUCCAACCAGGUGCCUGCAGCAGAUCCUGGACAGUCGAGCGAUCUAGCCAUUGGCUCUAUUUUGGCCCAAGAACAAUCAUCUCGGAACGCGGCCAACAUUUCUAAGUAUAGAGAGCCACUACCUCCGGUUGUAACCUCUGUUGAUUCUCAUGGGUACAUCAGCAACAGCUCGGAUGAUGAUAUGGACCUGGAGGUUCCAGUAGAGAUGGACCAAGAACAACCCGCCAACAGUUCUCCCGCCAUGGAUCCGGCCAUUGGGAGCGCAGAAUUAGGAUCGAAUGAGGGCAUUCCGAUGAUCUCUAUCUCCCAUCCCAGUCCUCGUGUCGAGGACGAAAACCAGCCAGACUCGCCGCAAGACUUCUUUGAUCUGCCUGGUGGCUUCCCCGAUGAUGAUUCGACACCAAAGUCUGAUGAGGCCAGAACUCCACCCCUGGAUGCCCUUGACAAGCCACCCCGGAUCGUGGACAAUGGCAGCUCAGCACAGACGGUGGUUUCUAAACAGCCUCCGCCAUUGACACCACAGCGAUCCAUGGAGUCUAACAUCGGUGUUCCUCCAAGCCCUCAGAUACACGAUAUUCAAGAGGAAGAUGAAGAAACUGAUGGAAGCAGCAUUUACAGCGACGCUUAUGAAGACCUAUCUGAUAUUGACGGUGAUGGAUUCAUGUCUCUCGAUGCUAUUGUUGACAGCCCUGUCAACAAGGUCUCCCAGAAGCUCUUCGAGAAGACGGUCGCCAAAUCUAAGGAACACGAAGUCGCUAAGGAUGCAAUGUCGACCGAAACCGUGGCACGGGAACCUUUGCAAACACAAGAUGAUUGGGAGCGCGCAAAGGCCUACUGGAAGAGUCUCAGUACCGACAAGCGGCGCCAACUGGAAAAGGAGGCCGGGGAAGAGGCUGGGGAGGAGGCCGACCUUGACGAAGCAGCACCCCAACCCAAGAAGACUAAGAAGCGAAGGUCUUUGGACAAGGGCGCUGAGCAGGUGCUUUCUGCACCACUUCCUGACCCAAGCCGGGUCUAUCAGAUCCAGCCAGGUACGGCGUGGCAAGCCGAAGUGCCUGAAUCGCCACCGAAGGCCGGGAAGGCAAAGAGUUCUGGCGGGUCAAAACUUCGGAAAUCAAUGCGCGGGGAAGAGUCCAAGGCAUUGGAGCAGUCAAGACCUAUUCAAUCUGGCAGCAUGCGCAAGUCUAUGAGAUCAGGCGAUGCUCCUGCGCCAAGCUCUCACGAAGUCCACAUGCGAAAAUCUCUCCGUGCCGAGCCUGAGACGGUUGUUCUCACGGGCAAUAGGAUACAAAAGUCGCUGAGAUCAAAUGGGUCUACAGAUGGCAGAGAUAAGUCUCGCCCGUCGGUGAACGAAAAGGUUCGGCCAGCGUCAUAUCAACCUAUAGCUGCCGAGCAAGUCCAACCCCACAGACGAAACCAGUCCGCCGAUAGGGCUACUCCAUCAGCGGCCAUGACUGCGAGUGCUUCUACGAAACCAACCCUGCGGCGACGAGGCUCCGAUUCUAGUGAAAGCAGCUUCCGUCGUGCACGCACCGGUGGAGGUGAAGGCUUUGGUUUUAAGAGAACGAUGAGAGGCAACCCGCGGGAAUCUGCUGGCCCUCCAUCCGAUCGUGGCAGGGGUAGCAGCCGAUUCAGUCUUCGUUCUCUUUCACCUACGGGAUCGGCUUUCCGCCGCAACUCCGGUACAAUCUCUCCGCCAGUGGCCAUGGGAGGCCGCAUGCGCCAGUCCUUGCGUGGUGACUCCAGCGACCGGAGCACUUCUAGCCUCCGUAUGUCCAGUUUUGGCCGCUCCUCGAAUAAGACCAAAAAGGCCAAAAAGGGUCGGAACAACAGUCGGUUUGCGGACUCGAGCGACGAGGAAGCUGCUCGACCUGCGUUCCGAAGCCGAUUCGCGGAGUCCAGCGACGAAGAUGAUGCGCCUUCGCCUACGCCGAAGGGGAAUAAAGCGCCCAGGACGAUGCGAAACAAGACAUCCAGCUCGGCUGCAGCUGCUGCCAUGGGUGUUCCUCAGUCCCAGAGAGAAGAGGAGGAUUCUCCAGACCUCCCGGACAGCGACGAUGAGAUUGAGCGACCCCAAUCUGUUCCGCUUGCCAGUGGCAUGGUUUCAAGACCAGCUGCAAUGCUUAACCGGAGCGGCUCUGGGCGAGAUAACAUGAGAUCCCCGACUCUGACGCAACCCGCCAAUGCCCAGGAGUCGGGGACAUCUCGACCAGGUCAUACCCGACGAGGAAGCCUGAUGUCUAUCCUUCGACGCAAGAAGGACGGCAGUGGCAAGAUAUCUCGACCCGUCAGCGAGAGCGCAGCUCGACGAGAUACUCGGCUGGAGCGCAGCACCGAAGAGCUCGCCGUGGUCCGCAACACCAGCACCCCGCACAACUCACGACUCCAGAAGCGCGACCGGAGUUGGCCGCUACAAGAGAGUGGCGAUGGCCAACAACAGGACGAUGGCUACGGUGAGGACGAGUCGCACGACACGUACGUCAACGAUGACAAACGACCCUCUACUGCUAGUGGCCAUGUCCCAUCCUCGCCAACCGCGGCAAUGAAGCAUGGAUUCCUCAAGCGACGCAGCACUUCGCAAGGCGCCAUUGGUCUUGCCCAUCACGACGACUCUGAGAUUCACGGCACUCGCCCUGAGGACCUCGAGGUCUCUCAGGUUCCCCCCGAGCAGCGAAAGAAGAAGUUUGGCUCCUUGCGCAAGAUGUUCGGCCUGCAUGACUAG